GGACCGUAUGGAGAACGCACAAAUCGCGUUUCCACUUUCCAGUCCCGUGGCCGCACUGGCCGCUGCUGAGGUGACUGACUGAUGGCUGGAUCGUGGAUCGGAACCGUUGUCCAGUACGCCAGUCAUAGAUAAGUAUAUAUAUAUUCCAGUCGUCAGCUGCUGACUGCUUCUUUUCGCUCACGUCUCGUAGCGCUAUAAUUUACCCCGUGCGUCGUUCCCUUUGCGGCUGAUAACAGUUAUCAUCUCAGUGUGCGUUGUAUAUUAUCAGUUUAUCAUACAUUCUCGGUGGUGGGCCGACGAUCAGACGAGUUCGAUUCGCUAGCGUUUUGCGAGUUUCGAUAUUGACAUUUGACAUAUCGCGCGGCUUUUAUAACUUCAUCUUCAUCGAUUAGUGAAUUGUUUAAACUGGGACUAACCUCCGACUGUAUAGAACCCUCUUUUUUACAGUAGCCGAUUGCUAUUCAUUAUGCAAAAUUGGUUGGAAUUCCAAGCGGUCGUCAUGGCCGCCGGAAAAGGAUCUCGAAUACCCGAGAUGACUGCUACAAAACCAAAGUGUCUGUUGCCAGUCGGAAACAAGCCAAUGAUAUACUAUCCGCUCAAAUUGCUCGAAAACGCUGGGUUCAGAGAUACAAAAAUAAUAGUAGCAGAUAACUAUGCUAGUGAUAUACAAGAAGAAGUAGAUCAACUUGGUUUUGAAAUUAAUUUGAGUUUUGUUCCGAUUCCAUCUGAUGAAGAUUGGGGUACAGCUGAUUCUCUCCGACAUAUCUCUGAUAAUAUCUUAACUGAUGUAAUCGUUCUUAGUUGUGAUUUAAUAACUGAUAUUGAUUUACACCAAGUUUUAAAUAUCUACAGAAAUAAUAAUGCAUCAUUAGUGUCUUUGUAUUUUUCACCAUUACGGGAUGAACAAUGUGUUUUUACUGUACCUGGACCUAAAUCAAAGAAUAAAUUUGAAAAGGAUAUUAUUGGAUAUGAUUCAAAAACAUCUAGACUUUUAUUAAUGGCUUCCGCUUCAGAUUAUGAAGAAACUAUGCCAAUUAGUAGUGCAUUACUAAAUAAGUGUUCGAAUUUGACUCUUUGCUCAAAAUUAUUAGAUUCCCAUAUGUAUAUUAUGAAACGUUGGCUAGUUAACUAUCUCGUUAAAGAUAUUAAUAUUUCAACUCUUAAAGGAGAGCUACUUCCAUUUGUGGUGAAAAAACAAUUAUCAAAACAUAGUAAAAAUAUUGAACCAAAUGAAAAGUGUAUUGAAGAUGAAGAAGAUGAAAAACCUGAUAUAUUCAACAUAUCAAAAGAAUCUGAUAUUGAAACUAAUAUUCGUUCAAUGUCUUGUUUUGGUAAUAUAUCUAACGUUGAAGAGAUAAUUAAAUGUUAUGCUUGUGUGAUUGAUUCAAAUAUUGGAAUACGUGCAAACACUUUGUAUGAUUAUUGUAGAAUCAAUAAAAUUAUUCACAAGUUAAAAAUAAAUUUAGGGGAUGAAAAAGAUAAAAUUUCACCCGAAGCUGAAAUUUUAUCAAAUCAAUUUGACAAGGAAACUUGUUUUGUUGGACCUAAUACUAAAAUAAUGGAGAAAACAUCCAUUAAAAGUAGUACUAUUGGUUCAAGGUGCACAAUUAAUUCAAAAACAAGAAUAACUGAUUGUAUUUUAAUGAAUGGUGUUACUAUUGAAGAGAGAUGUGUACUUCACAAUUGUAUAGUAUGUCAUGAUGCUGUAAUCAGUGCUGGCUGUGAACUUAAAGACUGUUUGAUAAGCGGUAAUUUUAAGGUCCCAUCUGGAGGAAAGCAUUAUAAUGAAGUACUCACUGCUAUGGAGAGACUGAUGGAAAUAUGAAAUAUAUGGAGUAAAUUCUCUUAAUGCUUAUUUUAUGAUAUUGUAUAAUAUACAUGUUUUCCUGUAUAAUAUAAAUAUGUUUUGUAAACAUAA